GCCAACUAGGGUUUUUUUAGAAUCAGAACCAAAUAAAGAAAAGACUGGAGGAGGAAGAGAAGCCACAAAGAAAAAGAGAAAGUAGUAGCCUCUUUACGGAGAUCGGCUUCUGAAAAAAGCAGUUGGGGUUCUCAAUCUCCGGUGCGUCGACGAUGGGAAGGGGAAAGUUCAAGGGCAAGCCCACUGGUCGGCGCCAGUUCUCUACUCCUGAAGAGAUGCUUGCUGGUACCUCUUCUCGUCCCCGCACAUUCAAACGGGAAGAAGCUGAAGUGGAGGAAGAACAUUCUGAAGAAGAAUCCGAAGAAGAACCUGAAGAGAGGCGGAAGGGCACCCAAGGUCUUAUUGAGGUUGAGAAUCCUAAUUUGGUAAAGCCAAAGACCUUGAAAGCCAGAGACAUUGAUAUUGAGAAAACAACUGAACUUUCGAGGCGUGAAAGAGAAGAAAUAGAGAAGCAGAAAGCCCAUGAGCGAUAUAUGAGGCUGCAAGAACAAGGGAAAACAGAACAAGCCAAGAAAGAUCUAGAGCGCUUAGCCCUGAUUCGACAACAAAGAGCAGAUGCUGCCAAAAAACGAGAAGAAGAGAAGGCUGCCAAGGAGCAGAAGAAGGCUGAGGCUCGCAAAUGAUCUUAUAAAGUGGUUGCAGAAACAAUAUCAUGCAAACAAGAUAUUGUCCCCUUCUAUUACAAGGAACAGUCUACCUAAUAUUUGGUUUAUAGUGAAAGAUUACUAUGGCGGUCUUAGUAAUUGUGAAAACUGAUAUUUUUACCCUACCCUGCUUUCAGAUUUAACAAUGUUAUUGUGUCUUUUAAAGCGAAUAGAGUUGUAAUACGUUUUAGUAGUUUAA